UGCAUAAAAUUGAAAUCGACAGCGCUCUCCCAAGCCGACUCUGAAAUUUUCGUCUUCUUAAAAAUGGUGUCCAGAAUCGUGAAAAGAGCCCCCGCAAAAUCCCUCAAGAACCGAAGGAACUUUUCACAACAGAUCAAUCGGAAGAGGUCGCCGGUGAAGAAUGCCACCGCCGCGGCCUCCUUCGUGGUGGCUUCCAUCAACAAAUCAAUCCACAGUUGCCACCGCCGCUUGAUCAAGAUAUUUGCGAAAUUAGCCCGUGUCACUACUCCCAAGAAAACUCCGCGCAAGAAGGGCUACCAAAUUCUCGGAAAAACCGCCGCUAACCGGCCGGAAUCCUCCGUUCGGCGAUCGUUGUUCGGUGACGCCAUUCCCCUCCCUCCGCUGGCCUCUCCAGAGAAGAAGACUAUAUUCCUGGACUUGGACGAAACCCUGGUGCAUUCUACGGCGACCGUUCCCCCGGCGAACUUCGAUUUUGUUGUCCGGCCGGUAAUCGACGGGGAGAAGGUGGAGUUCUACGUUCUGAAGAGGCCAUACGUGGAUGAAUUCUUGAAAGAAUUGAGCGGAAAGUUUGAGAUCGUGGUGUUCACUGCGGGAAUUAGAGAGUACGCGUCGCUUGUGUUGGAUAAGUUGGAUUGGAGGAAUUUGAUAUCGCAUCGGCUGUACCGUGAGUCAUGCAGGGAGAUGGAUGGGAAGCUUGUGAAGGAUUUGUCGGGGGUUGGGAGGGAUCUGGACAGGGUGAUGAUCGUGGACGAUAACCCUAAUUCGUAUCAGUUGCAGCCCGACAAUGCUAUUCCGAUCAGGCCAUUCACGGAUGAUCUUGGAGACGAUGAAUUGAAGAAGCUUAUGGACUUCUUUCAAGGGUGUGAUGAUUCCAUUGAGGAAGCAGCGUGCCCGCCCUUGCUGAAUUGAGUUCAUUUCCGUUCCGUUGUACGAUUAAGAUAGAGAUGUAUCGCAGUAUUAGUAUUAUAUACAGUAUAUUUCUUGAUUCUUUCCUUACCUGUCCUUGUUUUUCCUAGUGAACUGAACAUCGUCUUGUGUGUUCAGUUCAAUGUAAUGUCAGCAAGGGUUGUCAUUGUGUGUCUUGUGUGUUCAAUGUAAUGUCAGCAAGGGUUGUCAUUGUGUGUUGUUUGGAAUCACUUUACUUGAACAGUAACAGAGAUCAUUUGUCAUUUGUGCUUCGCAAGUGGUG